AUGGGUUCUGAUGAAAUCAAAUCGACAGUGGACACGGAGAAAUCGACCGUGCCUGCAGGAAGCUCCACCACGACAAAGAGUUGUUGGAUGACUCAAGUUGUGCUGAGAUUAGUUCUGUUUGCAGCCACUUUGACAUCAAUUUUGGUUAUGGUUACGAGUAAACAAAGCAAAACUAUCCCUGGAGUUCCCAUUCGUAUUCCUGAUGCUAAGUUCUCGGGCUCACCUGCUUUUAUAUACUUUGUGGUAGCAUUAUCGGUGGCUUGCUUUUACAGCAUCCUAACAACACUUGCCACCGUAUUUGCUUUCAAGAAGCCUGCCUUUUCCUCUGCGAUUCUCUUGUUAAAACUUGCCAUUAUGGAUGCGGUGAUGUUGGGGAUAGUGGCCUCAGCGACCGGAGCCGGAGGUGGAGUAGCUUACAUUGGUCUUAAAGGAAACAAAGACGUGAGAUGGGGCAAAAUCUGUCAUAUGUACGACAAGUUUUGCCGUCACGUCGGUGGCGCUAUCGCCGUCUCAUUGGUGGCUUCGGUCAUCCUCCUCCUCCUCUCUAUCAUCUCUGUUCUCUCCCUCUACAAGAGAAUCCGUUGA